AUGGAAAAGAAAACGACAAUGGUCUCUGCUGUUUCUCUAAUUCUCGUAGUAGGUGUUGCCCUAGGGGUUGUCGCUUUUGUCUCCACCGGCGAUGAAGACCCCAAUGGCGACACCACCGGUCACGUGACCACCCACGCAAAAGCUGUGCAAGCCGUGUGCCAAAACAGCGACGACAAGACGUUCUGCAAAGACACUUUCGAAUCCGUCAACACCUCAGACCCAACCGCGUACGUUAAAACCGUGGUGAAAAACACAAUGGAGAGCGUCAUCAAAGCUUUCAACCUAAGCGACACUCUCACCGUCGAAAACAGCAAGGGAAACUCCAGCGUUAAGAUGGCCCUUGAUGAUUGCAAGGACUUGUUGCAAUUCGCCAUCGACGAAUUACAGGCCUCCGAGAUUCUAGUCAGAGAGAACAACAUUAACAACAUCAACGACCGCGUCUCCGACCUGAAAAACUGGAUUGGCGCCGUCGUCGCAUACCAGCAGUCGUGUCUCGACGGCUUCGAUACGGACGCCGAGAAGGAGGUGCAAUCGAAGUUGCAAAGCAAAGGUUUGGACCACGUUGGGAAGUUAACGGCGUUAGCGCUUGACGUUGUGUCUAGCUUCGCGGAAAUACUCUCAGACUUCAAUUUGGAUCUCACUACCAAGACUACGUCUCGUCGUCUUCUCGAUGUGGAGCAAGAUGGGUAUCCGUCGUGGAUGUCCAAGCCGGACCGGAAGCUCUUAGGGGAUGCGAAAAAAGGAGAUGCGAUUCAACCUAAUGUGGUUGUUGCCAAGGAUGGUAGUGGCGAUUAUAAGACUGUUUUGGAUGCUGUUAACUCCUACCCUAAGAAACAUCAAGGCAGAUACAUUAUCUACGUCAAGGCUGGUACCUAUGAUGAGUACAUAACCGUUGACAAAAAGAAGAAGAAUCUUCUAAUCUACGGCGAUGGCCCCACCAAGACAAUUAUCACUGGUAAUAAAAACGUAAAGGAUGGUUUUAAGACAAUGAGAUCUGCAACCUUCUCGACGGUUGGAGAAGAUUUCAUUGCAAAGUCUAUAGCAUUUGAGAACACUGCUGGCGCGGCGAAACACCAAGCAGUGGCGCUGCGCGUGCAAGGUGAUCGCUCGGCCUUCUUCGACUGCGCCAUGCACGGUUACCAGGACACGUUGUACGUCCACGCGCACCGUCAGUUCUACCGCAACUGCGAAAUAUCCGGAACGGUGGAUUUUAUUUUCGGGUACGGCACCGUCCUGAUCCAGAACUCGAAGAUCGUUGUGCGGAAGCCCGAUCCGAAUCAGCAGAACAUAGUGGUGGCAGACGGUACGGACCAAAAGAACAUGCCGACAGGAUCGGUGCUGCAGAACUGCGAGAUCGUGGCGUCGGCGGAUCUAGAACCGGUGAAGAAGUCGUUUAGGACGUACUUGGCGAGGCCGUGGAAGGCAUAUUCGAGGGCCAUCUUCAUGGAAAAUAGGAUCAGCGAUAUGAUUCAUGCAGAUGGCUUUCUUCCAUGGAAUGGGGACCUGUACCUUGACACCUGUUUCUUUGCUGAGUAUGCGAACACUGGCUUGGGUGCCGAUGUAAAAAGUAGGGUUAAGUGGGGUCGCGGGACCCUUAGCAAGGCUGACGCUACCAAAUACACCGCUAACCAAUGGCUCCAAGCCAACGCCUGGCUCCCCGCCACUGGCGUGCCUUUCAAUCUUGGCUUCGUCAAAGCUUGA